AUGAUCGAGAAUUCGUUUUCUAGUCCAUCUGAUUCCGCUACGACGAUAGGAUGGUCGGUACCCGAUUCGGAGAUUCACCAUUUACUGAACUUACCAGCAGAUAUGGAGCCCUUCGCUAGUAAUGAAUUCGAAUUUUCUCCAGGGUUCUCUGCACCUGCGUCGUUGUCACCUGACGAUCAGUCGCCAAGCGGAUUACAUAUGGAUCAGGCACCAUUAUCGGACAAUUACUCGUCCCUACUCGGUCUGCAUUCUUCUGGGCCCAUAGAUUCAGCUCCUAUUCUUCUGCCACCCCCACCUCCACCUACAAGGACGCAAUCUGCGCAGGGCCUGACCAACAGCAGCCACAGCUAUGAACCUUUGAGCACGCCCACGACCUCCAGCAGCUUGAGCCCGGGUCAGAAGUGCGGAUGCUUGUGUGCCCUGCUGUACGUGUUUGAAGAUACAGGUGUCCAAAUUACUUCCAGCCGAGACGUGGCAACCGAUACCCUCUUCCAGUGCCUACAACGAGGCAUGCAAGAAUGUCAGGCCAUGUUGUCCUGUCAAGAAUGUGACACGAGAGUCAAAAAUCCAAUACUUCUCGCUACGCUUGGCAACCAAUUAGUUGCUAUCGCGCGCGAGCUUGUCACUCGAUUCAUACAGUGCCAAACUGGGGAAGCCGCCCCGGUAGUUUUCCAGUUCGGGCGUUAUUCUAUCAAAGGCGCCGGCAUGCAGACCCGCAUGCUGCGAGACAUGGUUGCAUUACACGUUCGGGAUUUAUAUGGUUUAUUGGAUCGUUCUAAACUUAAUAUUGACGCUAUCCCUGGGCCGUUGUCAAUAUUAGAGAACGCGAAGCUCGAAGUCAACAAACUGCACGAAAUACUAUCACAGAGCUUAGAAAGUAUAAACAGCAACUAUAGUUGA